CACCCAUCCCGGGCCCGCGGGGUUGUUAGAUGGAACACGGCUCCAUCAUCACCCAGGCGCGGAGGGAAGACGCCCUGGUGCUCACCAAGCAAGGUCUGGUCUCCAAGUCCUCUCCCAAGAAGCCUCGUGGACGUAACAUCUUCAAGGCACUUUUCUGUUGCUUCCGUGCCCAACAUGUUGGCCAGUCAGGCUGCAGCAAUGAGCUUGCCUCGUAUAAGGAGGAAACCAACACUAUUGCCAAGUCAGAUCUGCUCCAGUGUCUUCAGUACCAGUUUUACCAGAUCCCAGGAACAUGCCUGCUUCCAGAGGUGACACAGCAAGAUCAAGGAAGAAUCUGUGUGGUCAUUGACUUGGACGAGACCCUCGUGCAUAGUUCCUUCAAGCCAAUCAACAAUGCUGACUUUAUAGUGCCUGUGGAGAUUGAGGGGACAACUCACCAGGUCUAUGUGCUUAAGAGGCCUUAUGUGGAUGAGUUCCUGAGGCGAAUGGGGGAGUUGUUUGAGUGUGUCCUCUUCACUGCAAGCCUGGCCAAGUAUGCUGACCCUGUGACCGAUCUCUUGGACCAGUGUGGCGUGUUCCGGGCCCGCCUCUUCCGGGAGUCUUGUGUGUUCCAUCAGGGCUGCUAUGUCAAGGACCUCAGCCGAUUAGGGAGAGACCUGAGGAAAACCCUGAUAUUAGACAAUUCUCCUGCCUCAUACAUCUUCCACCCAGAGAACGCAGUGCCUGUGCAGUCCUGGUUUGACGACAUGACAGACACAGAGCUGCUGAAUUUGAUCCCCAUCUUUGAGGAGCUAAGCGGAGCAGAAGAUGUUUAUACUAGCCUUGGGCAGCUGAGGGCACUGUAGCCUUCUCAAGCUCAGCAGCGUCUGGGACUGCAGGGGACUGUGACACACUGUGCCUUUGCUAUCAGCCAGGAAGGGAUGGCAGAAACAGGAAGCAGGGAGAAACAAGUGUGAAGUGAAUUAGGGCAAGUUAGAUGACAGUAUGGGCAAACAGCAGACCAGUGACAACUAGUACCCCCUGCUCCAUGACCUGGGCACUAGAGGGACACACUUGUGAACAUGUAUGUGUGUGUAUGUGUAUGACACCGACACCUUCUCGCCUUGACAUGGUGAUUCAGGUUGGGGAAGAGUCGAACGAUCAAAGGUCGAACUCCCCUGAGCCAGAGCUCAGUAGUCUCCUAGAGGGUCAAUCCAAGAGCCAUUGACCUCUCAUGGGAACAAAGACCAUUUAGUGCUCUAUUGCCAAACUUCGAGUCUUCCCUAGUAUGCGGGGCCUGUGCCAAGGAGGUGGGGAUAUGCUACUCUCAGCAUAAUAUGUAGGCAAACUGGCAUCAGAUCCAAAUGCACACUAUUCAAAAACUUUGCUCGAGACCCAUGGUGACCUUGGAAAAAAGACAUCCUAUAAGCCUCUACCUUGGCCUCACAAACAUGUUCAUGAGGGUCAGGUCCAAGGGGCCAUCACUGCCACCUGUCAAGAGCUCCUUCCUGGCCUUCUCCCACUAGCUUGGGAUUUGGGGGGUGAGGGGCCUUUCCCUCAACUUCACAACCCAGUUACAUUUCUGAAACCAUGGGCAAGAAAUCUUCCCUACCCUCAAAGCAGGACAGAGAAUUGAUUUCAUUUGAUGGGACUUUGUUUUAAAGUUCUCUUUCUCAAAAUGGAUUGUGGGGCUUGGUUUGUUGCUGUAAGAAGCUUGGGCUCUGAGCUGAAAGCUGGGGGAUGAGGGAGUCAGAGGCUCAAGAGGAAUUUUCAAAGCCAGAAUUUCUAUUACUCUUGAGUCAUGGAUCAGAUUAUAGAUCUUGAGAGAAGUCUAGAGAACAGUUCUUUUUCAGGGAUCCUUCUUCAAAGGAACAGGAAGGAGCAGUCUUAAUGCCAUUGAAACUUUUUCAAUUCCUUGAGCAGAAUCCUUUCCCAUUUCCCAUUCCAAGCAGUUGAAUUUGGGAAAGGAAUGGACUAGUGAGGCCUUUGCAUGGGCCUGUAUCCGGUAGGUAGGAAAUAAACAAGAACCAACAAAUGGUUCUCUUUGUUGUGGCAUGCUAGCUUCCUGCAAAUGCCUUAGUAACACAGAAAAGAAAGGAGAAGGGAGACCCAGGGCAUGCUUAGGUGUGAGGUUUCACAAUCGAUAGGCACUUCAGAGUCGGCAUGAUGUCAGGGGCUCUUUUUUUAAAAAGCAUUCAUUCUUAUUAAGCCACAUGUACAAAAUGGAAUCAUUUUCCAAGUUUGGAGAGCUCUGAUCUAUUGGGAAGCACUUUGGGGAUUUCAUAAGGUGAACCCCAAGUGAGCAGCACUGUCUGGUAAUCACAUUCUGCUCUAGUCUUGGCUUCUGCUGGAAUGGUUGUAGUUCGGAACCAAAAGAUCACCUAAGAAGUAAUUAGGAGCCCACUUCCCUGAAGAAACUCCACGCUGCUUCAGGUACAGUGCACUUAAAACGCAGGAUUUUUCCCCACCGUUCUCUCUGACUUUCAAAUGCUUUCUUGGCGGGGAGGGGGGCAGUUCAGGAAAUGGCCAACUGGACAAAGAUCAAGGGGAGAGCAACUUUAUUGUGUUUUGGUGUGCAUUCUGGUUAUAGUCCCUCUCUAACAUAAUCUUUGGUGCCAAUUCUGAUUCCCUCCAUUGUUGUUGUAAUGUUUCCAUCUUUUUUCCUUGGUUUUUUACCAAGAUGGUACCAGGGAGUACAUGUCCAGGGACCUAAAAGCUAUGGAGAUCUAGAACAAAAUUUCCUGAGUCCAUUUUCUCUCUACUUCUCUGUGGCAGCUUUUCCUAAGACUGGUUCUCUACUCUAUGUAGGGUGAGUCUAGGUGCUGACAGAAACCUCCAAACCAACAACCAAAAAAAUAAACCUAAUCAUCAGUCCCAUACUUAAUGCCCGAUUCCAUGGCCAGCAAUCACAGAAGAGUUGGGGGGAGGGGAGUAGAUUUUGAACUUAAUCCUCCCUAUCUCCAGGCCAUUAUCUACUAGCUUCUCAAGACUGAGUGAGCAGUAGUGAAAACAUUCCCGACAUCUGGUCCAAGCCCACCUGCCUUUGCUAUUAGGGGUUUUGAGACAUUGACCUCCUGAAGCAUACCUGAGCAAUAAUGAAAGACGACUGUGCUGAAAAACAUUCCUAAGCCUCUUUUCCAGGCCCUUUUGUGCCACCCCGUUGCUGCCCUGAAUAUGGUUCUAAAGAAGAUGGGGGAGGGGUAAUGUUGACAUUCCUAUCUUGCUUCUACUGAGAUGCCCUUUAAGUGGCCUGCAACAAAUGCCAAUAUUCCCUGGCCCACUGGUACAUACACUUACUGUCUUUCCAUAGGAAGCCCAGUAUACUUGGCAUCCCUGCACUAUAGCCACUAGUUUUUACUCAGCUGUAAAUAUGUCAUGUGUCCUGGCCCCUCUAUCCAAUCUUCAUGGUCUUCCAGCUAAAGCAUGUUCCCUUAGAGAACUAUCACUCAUUCACCUCAACCAGAUUUGAACAGGACCUCAUGGCAGCCCUGCCAAAAGUAGUUUGAAACAGUACCUGGUCCCAAGAGGAGUUAUUACUAGGUUUACUCUGGAAUGAGCCAGGGCUAGGGGAAGAAGUAUUCCCUUUGCCCAUUGGUGGGCUGUUAAUUUACCCCCACCCCUACUUUGAAAAGGUCAAGAGUCCUUAAGCAAGUGGAGGUCUUCUCUACAAAGGGUGACCAGAGUUCUUUACCUCACCUGGCUAUGAGCAGAGCUCAGCUGGGGUGCCCCAUGUAAACUAGGUCUCAGCUGAAGAGCUUCAUUAGAGAGAUCAUCCCACACAUAGACCAACCAUUCCAGGAAUACACCCUUCUGCCAAAUUUUGUUCUUUAAGUUGCUUCUUCAGUGACACAAUAGUUGUCUCUGAUUGGGCUUCUCUUUAGAAACAGCCUGAUGUUCACAUCCCUCUCAUAGGGGGAAGCUUUAAACAAAGGGCCAUUUUGGGAAAGGGUCAGGGUUAAGCAUCUGAGCUCUGCACAUUGUAGAGAGGAUGCUCUUCAGAGGCCUGUUGAUCCCAGGCUGGGGAGGCAGAGAGAGCAGUGUCCUGGACUUGAAAGAUUUUUGAGAAUUGGACCAUGAACUCAAGUGUUGAACAGGGAAAGAAAUAUUCUUGGGUAAAUUUGCCUUAAGUGUUGUCUGGGACUUUUUAGCUCCCUCCUGCCUCCCAAAGAUGUUGACUAUUUUGUAAACUUGUAAAUUUACCUUUACCAUUUUAUAUAAAAACCCAGAAACUUCGGAUGUGCUAAUCAUGGAAAGUCUAAAAAUAGCCAGCCUCCUGGCCCUGCCCUGCCCCAUGCCUUUUUUCCUGGGAGCCCCUUGUGCCAUAUUAAAGAAUUCUCCAUGCCCAAGCCAUGGGCAGAGCAUCUCCCUUUGUAUUGAACGAGUAAGGUUUGGGAAAUUGGAGACUAGGUACCUCUACAAUUCCCACUGCCUCCAGGGUGUUGGGAGAAUAAGGGGAACCCAGGGUGUUUGGCUUGUGUGUUACUGCAGAGUCCCAGGCUGUCGUGGAGUCCAUUCAUGACUCAGGCUCCUCUGCAGAACAGGGCUCUUAAAAAGCAGUUGGCCUCACUCAAACCUGAACUCUGCAGGGGGGCUGGUUGGCCAGCCCCCUUCUCUAAUGAAUCCAGACCUUUUUCCCUGGAGAGGACACACCUUUCUCUUCCAGCCUUAAAGGCAAGCUUUUCUGCUUGGAAGGACCCUAGGUGUGAGAGUUCCUCUGUCUUGUGCUGCUUUUCCACUUGAGGGAAUGCUGGAUUUGGAGGGUAGAGGGGGGACUGUGUCCCCAUAUCACCCAUGCUAUAGGAUUCUGACUACCCUGGUUACAGAUUAAUGGUUUCUUGGAGAAAUUUGUUUUAUUCCAAAACUUGAAAUGUUUGACGCCAUUAAGUGUCUGUUUAUAUUUUUGGAAUAUUUGUAUUACUUGCAAUUAAAUAAUAAAAAGGUUUUUUUUUUUAAAAACCCAA